AUGCUCUCUGCUGAGCUAAUGUGCGAUCGGAUCUCUAGUCUUAAGAAGGCUAACAGCGCAGCCUUAGCGCGUAGGCGGCGCUCUAAAAGGCGUAUACAGAAGCAUAGAGUACUCACAAAGGGAGCUAGGGAGGAUAUACUGGCUCAAAAUGAGGCUGACCAGCAGAUUGCUCAUGAAGAGCGUCAAGGACGCCUGAUCGCGCUCCUCCUUGACAAGGAGGAGCGCGAUCAGGCGUCAGCCAGCGGGCUCAAAGGCGCUGCACCAGGUGCAAGGAGACCGGGCACAACUCGCGCACAUGCAACGCUGAUACUAUUAAUAUAG